AUGGAUGAAAAGGAAAGGAAAGAGCAACAGGUUUCCAUAGCAACAGUGACCGGAUAUCAUGACCCAUUUGAUAAUGUGAACUACCAUUGCUGGCCCAAGACUGCCUCAGCAACUAGUGAUACGCCGCUGCCCAAGUGUGAAGGAACGCUCCUGAGAUGGGUGGAUCCUCCACCCUCCACCGUUAAAACAGAAACCGCAUUUAACACAACAUAUGAACUGAUACUUACAUCCGACUUCUACGCAUGGGCUGUCACCCAGAACUUCUUCCAAACUAAAGGAUUCACCGAUGGCCCCACUGCGCAGGCGUGGUGUGAGAAUACGGUGUGUCCAGCAGCAUCUUCGGCCACAGCUGAUAACUGUUGUAUUCAUCACGUGAAUGUCCACUCCUGUCCGAGAGCAAGAACCAGUUUCUGUGGACCAUGGAUUCCGCACGACGGACAGGUGUUCACGCACUCAGAGGCCCUCGUAGGCCCAGUGCAGAAGGGAAAUUGGACAAGUUAUGUCCCGGGAUUUUAUGAAAGUGGAUUAACGUCGGUGAUUGCACAUUUUAAAGUGGCUGAUAUGCACUAUGCUUUAGAAACUGUGAUCAAUGUUAUUCCAAAAUCAGUCUGUGGAGACGGAAGUUGUGACAAGGACCUAUCAGAAGACUGCUCUACCUGCCCAAGGGAUUGUGGGAAGUGUCCUCUUCAGGCACAUGAGAUUGCUCUUAUCGCUGUCUUCUCCUGUCUCGUUGUCAUCGCAGGAGUCAUUGUAUUCAUCUAUUUCCAGUAUCAGAAACGAAAACUACUUUGGGAUGAAAGUUGGAUUAUUCCCUAUGAAAAAGUCCAUGAAGAUGAGGGUCUCCGUGGAGCUUUUGGUAGUAUGAUCAGUGUCAAUAUGGGCGCCAGUGCGGACCUUACAAGUGGUACAACUAGUAACAUGUCAUUGUCCGCUCAAAGAAAACAAGUCUUUGCUAAAACUGCCAUUGUCGAGGGAAAAACUGUUGCCGUUCGUAACGUGAAGAAAAAAGAAUUCACUUUGACGAAAAACAUCAGGAUUGAAGUUAAAGAAGUCAGAGAACUGGAUCAUCAAAACCUCUGUAAACUGGUAGGUUGCUGUACCGAAGUAGCAAACUUCUGUGUCUUAGUGGAGUAUUGCCCCAAAGGAAGCAUCAGCGACGUCUUGUUAAAUGAUGAUAUUCCACUGAACUGGGCAUUCAGGUUCUCUUUUGCAACGGAUAUAGCCAGAGGAAUGGCCUAUUUACACUCUAACAAAAUUAUCCAUGGACAUUUAAAAAGUAGUAACUGUGUAGUAGAUGAUAGAUGGACAGUAAAAAUUACAGACUUUGGGCUGACGGAAAUAAGGAAGGACGACGAGAUGAUACUAACUGAAGAUGACAAAGAGGAUAGAUAUUACAAAGAUAAACGUAACGAAGUCUACAUAGCACCGGAACUGAAAGAUGGCGCUAGUGUUCCAAGCUGUAAUGGUGACGUGUAUUCAUACUCCAUCAUUCUUGUGGAAAUAGCCACCCGGAAUGAUCCAUUUGCAGAAGAAGAUCCCUUUGACAUUCCUAAAUUCUGGAAGCCACCUCUCCCUGAUUUAUCACCGGAAAUGGCUGAGGAUGCUGAUAGCGCAUGUCCAUGCCCAAAAGACUAUAAGAUUUUAAUUGCUGACUGCUGGAACGACACACCCAUAAACAGACCUACCUUUGAAAGCAUCAAAAAGACUCUACACAAAAUAAAUCCACACAAAAUGAGCCCAGUGGACUUAAUGAUGAACAUGAUGGAGAAGUAUUCAAAACAUUUGGAGUCCAUUGUUGCAGAAAGGACACAAGAACUUGUCGUUGAAAAGCAAAAGACGGACAGGCUAUUAUACAGUAUGUUACCAAAACAAGUUGCAGACGAUUUGAAACUUGGGAGGAGAAUAGAAGCAGAAUCGUUUGACGCUUGCACAAUCUACUUCAGUGAUAUAGUUGGAUUUACUUCAAUUUCCGGCGGAAGUACCCCUAUCCAAGUGGUGGCAUUGCUUAAUCACCUAUACACAACCUUUGAUUCCGUAAUCGACAAAUACGAUGUUUACAAAGUUGAGACAAUAGGAGAUGCUUACAUGGUGGUCUCUGGAAUACCUUGUCGAACACCCUUUCAUGCACGCGAGGUUGCCAACAUGGCGAUUGAUCUAGUGUCUGAAUGUACAGUUUUUCAAAUACCUCAUCUACCCGACACUCCACUUAAGAUCAGAGUGGGAUUACAUUCAGGUUCUGCCUGUGCUGGCGUCGUAGGUCUGAAGAUGCCACGGUACUGUCUAUUUGGGGACACCGUCAACACAGCGUCCAGAAUGGAAUCAAAUGGCGAAGCAUAUAAAAUCCACAUCAGUAACUUUACGUACCUAGAGUUAAAGAACAUUGGCGGCUACCGGUUUGAAAAACGUGGCACAAUACCUGUUAAGGGAAAAGGUGAUAUGGUCACGUGGUGGCUGCUUGGCAACGACAAAAAGGUUACCGGAAGCUCAAACAAAGAUGCUGCUCCGGUGCAGCAAAAUGUUUUGGCUCCGGAUAACAUAAAAAAUGAUAUUUUAAGUGAAGAACAAAAACAAGAUCUGGGUGACUUCAAAGAAGAACAAAAUAACACCCUGCAAAACACCGAGGACAUCCGUUAUGUAUCAGAUGAUAAAUUGUUUACCCCGGUAGAGCUCCCAGACGAGAAACCCAAAACAAGAAAAAUAAGUCAGAUAAGUACAUCAAACGAUUCCGGGUACAACGAGAAGCAGGGAUCCGGAAGUCUGAAUGACGUAAACGAAAUUGUCGUGAAAAGCUAUGCUUCUCUAAAUGAUGCACUCUCUGAAGAACAGGAAGAAGUUCGAAACAAGAAAACGCAAUUUUUGAUACCUGAUGACCAAGAGUAG